AAGGUGUUGUUAUUGCAAAAUCAAACCAAAGCGAAGGCGGAAGUGUUUGAGAACCUCGUCUGUUUCUUGUUCUCGAUUUAUUUGCUUUACAAUGUGAGAUAAAUGUGGCAAAGAAAGAUCAUUGAUAUCGAAUCUUUAACUAGAAAGUGACGCAAUGUUUCUAUGAGCUAUGAAGCAUGGCUUGCUGCCCGACCGAAGAGAAAUAUGGCUACGAAGACUGUCGAUUUGAAAAAGAUGUCGACGAAAAUUUCCAUUGUUCUAUCUGCUACAAUGUUCUUAAAGAACCAAGGACGUGUAGGAAUAAUGAUCACAUCUUUUGUCUUGCCUGCAUCACUCAACAUCUAAAGGUGAACUCUCAAACUUGUCCUGAAUGUAAUGAGCAUUUGAGCGUCGAUACGCUUCGUCGGCCACGUGUGGUGAAUAACAUGUUGUCUAAACUAAAGAUAAAUUGUGAUCAUGCCAGUCGGGGAUGUCCUGAGUUUACCUGUCUUGAAGAUCUCAAAACUCACGUGGCGAAUUGUGGCUAUGCACCUGUGUUGUGUUCAAAUGCAGAGUGUGGUAUGGAGAUUAACAAGCAAGAUAAGGUCCAUCAUGAGACUAAAGUUUGUGAUUAUAGAAAAGUGAAAUGUCAUGACUGUGGGCAGAUACAGGAAGAUGUCGGAACAUUGAAAGGAAGUUUAAUGGAACUGGAUGGGAAAGUGGAACAAGCAGUGAAUGGAAUAAAGAAGUUGGACGAAAAAGUGGAAGCAGUGAAAGAAAUGAAUCAGGAAAUGAACGAAAAAGUGGAAGCAGCAGUGAAGGAAAUAAACGAGAAAGUGGAAGCAGUAAGUGGACAGACGAAGAAGGAAAACGGGGAAGUUAAGAAAGAAGUCAAAGAUAUGAAGGACAAUCUUUCCAAAGUGAACAAAGACGUGGACGAAGUCAAAGUCAUGAUGAUUCAAAUGUUAGAGAAGUUAAAUAUGCUUGAACUGCUGAACAAACUGCCAUCUCCGACUGAGGGAAUGUUGAACACAUCAAGAGAGGAUAUUUUGAUUGCAGGUGGAUAUGGAGGGCGUUCAAUUACACCUUGCAAAAGUACGGAAAUAUAUUCCUGGGAGAAAAAUGGUUGGUUUGAGGUGUCGCCAAUGAAUGACGACCAUAGAGAUGCUUCGUCAUUUAUCUAUAAAGAUCAGUUGUUUGUUGUCGGUGGAACAGAUAGUAAGGCAAUAGAGACCUUGAAUCUUGAUGAAUUACCUUUGAAAUGGACGAAAUUUCGUGGGGAACUGCCUUCUAAAUGUGAGUCUCAUCAAACUGUUGUUUUCCAGCAGAGUGUCAUUCACAUUGGUGGAUUUCAAUAUGACAAAGGAUGGUCUAACGUGAUUAGUGAAUUGCAACUUACUUCACCUUGCAUUAUGAAAGAGUUGUGUCAAAUGCCUGAACCACGACAAUUUCAUGGCGCUGAGGUAUUUGAAGAUAAAGUGCUGAUUUUAGGGGGAUUUUACCCUUUUCAGACUACUAACAGUGUAUUGGAGUUUGAUCCAAAAAGGAAUGAAUGUAAAGAGAUGCCAAAAUUACCGUCUGCCUUGUGUAGAAUGGCGACAGUUCGCUGGAGGGAUGAAGUAGUUGUGCUUGGAGGUCGUGAUAAGGAUGGUCAAGUUCUGAAUGAUGUUUUCAUGUACGACUCCAAGACAGGCAAGACCACAGCCUUACCAUCCAUGUUGGAGAAGAGAUAUGACUGUUGUGCAGCUAUUACUGGAAAUACCAUUGUAGUGAUGGGAGGUCUGAAUGAGAAAGAUGAAUAUAUCAGUUCAGUGGAGUGUUUUACAAUGGGAGGUUCUACAUGGGAGUAUCUUCCUGCCAUGAACGAACCAAGAUUCAAAGCAGUUGCUGAUGUUUUACCUUCCACACGAAAAUAUGUGUAAAUUGGACAUUGAGACAAUCAUAAGACGUCAAUUCAUAAUUAGGUUACGUUUUCAGGCACGAUUACAUGGUUCAACUUUGCUGGGUUGAGAUAUUGGAUGAUUUUGAUGUAUUGAAAUAUUCCACGGUUUAUGAUUCGGAGAAAUUACAUCAAUUUCCCAACAUAGUUUGCUAUGUAAUUGAUGCUGAACAAUUAGCAAUUUACAGUCAUAAUAAUUUCGUUAAACUACAGGUUUGAUCAAUUGCAUUCCAUCUCCUAAUAUUGUCCGUUUGACUUCAACUUUAUAUCGUUGUGACUUGAGGCGCUGUUACACUAUACUUACCUCGGAACUUGUCUCGCAAUGUUGAGAAAAAAGAUUUCGGGAUUGCAUUGCAAGGGACGUUACACCAAGCAAUAUAUUCCAUGCAACUUGCAAUGAUCAUUAUUAAAAAUAGUAUAAAAACCGCGAGUGCUAACGUUUGGCGCCAUAUUGUCAGUCAAAAACCAAUAGGAAAGCAUUAGUGUAUAAAAAUUGCGAGACUAGUUGCCAGAGGGAUGUUACACUGCGCAAUGCUUUAAAAAUGCGUUGCCGCAAACCGCGUUGCAAAAAGUAGAACCUGAUUCUACUUCGCGCAGUGGUUGCACGUUGCGACAAAAAUAUUGCGAAAAUUUUGUUGCGACACAAGUUGCACGCGAAGUUGCAAGGUGUAUCAGGCCUUGCAAAUUCGCGUGCAACUUGCGAGACAAAUUGCAUAUUAGGGCCAUUUAUAUACGGGACAAAAUAAAUCGCGACUUACAUAAGACGCGUCUUAUAUAAGCGGAUUUAUCGCAUAAAUGGUUCUCUACUGCUUUUUUCUUAUUUACCUGCUAUAGCUAUAAUGUUGUUUCGAUUGUUUUUGUUUCAAUAUGCAAGGCUAAUAAGUUUACGUUGUUUCAAGUUUCGGGCAUGUGUAGUUAGAAUUUUUGUCCAAAAUUUCUUAUUUAAGACGCGACUUAAAUAAGAACAGCUAAAGGCCAUGUUACACGGUGCAAUUUUUCUUGCAACUUGCAAUGCAAUUCUACUCUUGAGAGAUGUAAAAUUACCAAAUACGAGUCUUCAUUACAUUCCGCUGAUGUUUUCUCAACAUAUCGAAAAUUCUUCACUGAUUUCACUAAUUAACAUCUCUCAAGAGUAGAAUUGCAUUGCAAGUUGUAAGAAAAAUUGCACCGUGUAACAUGGCCUUAAAAGUCCUGUUCUUAUGUAAGACGCGUCUUAUCCAAGACGCGUCUUAUCCAAGACGCGUCUUAUCCAAGACGCGUCUUUCACUGGUCUUACAUAAGAAUUUUGUACCUUUUAUACGACAAACUCGCGUCUUAUUUAAGUCGCGUCUUAUUAUUAUUAUUAUUAUUAUUAUUAUUAUUAAAACUUAUUUACAAACAAUAACCCUUCAGCCUACGCUGCUUUUAAAGGGGUUGUUUACAUAAAAGAAAGUACAAAAUAAAUAUUUACAAAAUAGUAUAAUAAUUUACAAAAUAGUGUAAUUGACUAGGAGUCUUUACAAUUGGAUAUUUUAUCAACGUAGGUGAUUGUUGAGCUUAGUUUUGAAAGAAUGUAUCGUCAACUGUUCGUGAACGUCUAAGAUUUCGUUAGGUAAUGAGUUCCAGGCGGAAGCUCCUCGAUAUGAAAAUGACUUUUUCAUAAAUGAUCUAUUAGGUUUAUCGAAGUCGCGUCUGAUGUAAGUCGUGUCUUAUUUUGUCCCGUAUAAAUGGCCCUAUUGUAACCAUGAUUGUAACAGCGCCUAAACAAUGAUGGGGGGUGGGGCGAAAUAUAUUUUACAACUCUAUAGAUAAGUAUUUCGCGGCCUCGCGUGUGUAUAUUUCAUUGUAUUAUGGUUAAGACCAUGCAUACAAAAAAAUAGGUACGCGACGCGUACAUGUAUCUGCGAAAAAAAUUGAAUCUCAUUUUGUAUUUUUGUUGAAAGGAACUGAAUAAUGAAGAUGACAUGGGACAAUUUAAAUAUUUCAGCA